UUAAAUGGAAACGUUUGGCUGUAAUGAGAUGAAGACGCUUUAUAACUCUGGUCAUAUUUGGGAGGGAUACUUAUUUUUCCAAGACAUGGAGGGGCAGCCUGCAUGGGGCAUCCUGAAGGAAUGCUGCAGCCUUUAAAACCCUCCUGUUGCUCACAUGGGGAACACAACGUGUCAGGUUUCCUUUCAACAUCUGGUUUUCAUAGGCAAUACAGGAUGUUGUCAAGCAGUCGGACAGGAGCUCUUAACUAUUGAUAUUACAGCCGUGGAAUUUCUCAACUAAUGCAGGAGAGGAGAAAGUGGGCUGGCUGAAGGUACCAGACACAUCUGCUGUCUGCCCACUCUCACCAAUGACAGUCAAAUAGCCUCUGGCUGUGCAUUUACCAUAGGAUCUCUUGACCAUUUAACAUGAUUUGCUUCACCUUGCUGACACUGCUGUUAUUACCUGUGCUGCCUUCAUCCACUAACUUGGGAAAUGUAACAACAAACCAGUCUUUGGAAAUAUCCGAAGACUUCCAUGAUGGCACUCUUAAAAACGAGAAUCCCUCAGCAAUCAAGUAUGGAGAGAAGUGCACCAUGCCCUGUGACCUGGUGGCUAAACUCAUGAAGGAAGAGAGACAAUCUGUCUGUAGUGAUCUUCAGUAUUCAAUAAUUUCCUAUACGAGAAGUACUAGGAAGAUGAUCAGAGACUUGAUUGAUGAACAGCAGAAAUCUUUAGAAUUGCUCUCUAACCAGGUAAUUGAACUCGUGUCAAAGGUCAGCACACUUGGCUCUGAGGUCCAGCGGAGCAACACUGAAACCUUCUCAGUGAAGCCACAGCAGUCCCAUGGGCAUGAUUGUAGUGACAUCAAGGAAACGCUGGAUUUGACGGUCUCCAAAAUACCCAGUGGGAUCUACAUAAUUCACCCCGAGAAUUCAGAAUAUCCAUUUGAGGUGUUUUGUGAGAUGGACUACAUGGAUGGAGGCUGGACGGUAGUGCAGAGGAGGACUGAUGGCAUGACUGACUUUAAACGCUCGUGGUCAGACUACAUGGAUGGCUUUGGCCAUUUACCAGGGGAACACUGGCUGGGUCUCAGAAAGAUAUUUAACAUUGUCAACCAGAAGCACUCCCAAUUCCAGCUGCACAUCGCCCUAGUUUCACAAGAUGACACCACGUCGUAUGCAUCUUAUGACAAAUUCUGGAUUGAAGAUGAGACCAACUUCUUCAGAAUCCAUCUGGGCAGAUAUGCCGGAAGUGCAGGUGACGCCUUCCGUGGCUACGAGCAAGAGGAGAAUCAGGACACUGCGCCGUUCAGCACCACCGACGUGGACAACGACGGCUGCAGCCCCUUCUGCACCUUCGACGGCGCCAACGUGGAGAGCUGCAGCACCCGCCACAACGGCACGGGCUGGUGGUUCAACCAGUGUGGCCGUGCCAACCUCAACGGCUCGCCGUCGGACGAGGACAGAUCCAGCCUCCCCCACAUGCACUGGGGGACUUGGACCAAGAAUGCCAUUCCUGUUCAGAUCAAGUCAGUGACCAUGAAGAUAAGGAGGCUGGCCACUCCUACAACCGAUUAAUCACUUCAUACAACUACAGGAGUUUGUUUUUAUAUUGCACUGUAGCAGUUGAAUGAAAACUUUUUGGUCAAUUGAUUUUUGGGGUCAGUUAUGAAAAUGAGGCUGGCUUCAACAAU